AUGAACUCCGCCAUCCCUAACCACAUCCCCUCUCGACCACGACCAGGUCCCGUUGGACGAUGGUACCUCCCUGUGAUGGCUCUGAUCGGCGUCGGAUUCGGAAUCUCAAAUUACUACUCCCAAUCAGCGAUGAACGCCCGGAUCGAGACCCAAGUUAGGGAGGAAGAGCGGCUUCAACGGAACAAGCAAUUGAUGGAUGCAUACGGACACAAGGAUAACUUGGACGAUGUCGAGCGGGCAUUGAAAGUUUAUGAAGUUCAAUGA